UUCACCCAUCUUUACCCUUACCCGAAAACCGAUCUCCGGUCGGUCACUCGCCGGAAACAAAACCAUGAACACCCCUCAACAACACAUCCCAAUUAACUACACCCCUACUCCUGAUGACCACCGUAACAGGGGGGCCUAUAAUGGGGGCCCCCAGUUACAGAGGCGUCACACUGCACGGUACUAUGUGCACCGUGUCAAAGAAAGUUUGACCACGCGUGUCUCGAAGCUAAUAUGUUCCGUUUUUCUUAGCCUUUUGUUCAUUGUUGGUCUCAUAACAUUCAUCUUGUGGCUCAGUUUACGCCCACAUCGUCCACGAUUUCAUAUCCAUGAGUUUUCGUUCCCAAGUUUAGCCCAGGAUAGCGGACUCGCGUCCGCUCAAGUGACCUUCAACGUGACCGCAAGAAACCCUAAUUUGAAUAUAGGGAUUUACUAUGAUGCCAUGCACAUAACACUCUAUUUUCAAAACCAAAAUAUUGGGGAAGAGCCUGCACUUAUGGGUGCAUUUUAUCAAUCACCCAAGACCACUACUAUUUUGCAUGACACACUGUCCGGGACGAAGUUGGUGGUUGAUGAGGCUCGUUGGGCGCAGUUUGUGGCGGCUCGGAUGCGUGGGUCGGUUAACUUUCGGCUAGAGGUUUCUUCCGCGAUUAAGUUUAAGGUUGCGGGUUGGGAAAGCAAGAAGCACAAGAUGCAUGCAAAUUGUGAAAUUGGGGUCGGACCGGAUGGGAUGUUGAUUGCGAGUUAUAGCAAACCGAAAUGCCCGGUGUAUUUCACAUAAAAAUUAAAUGACUAGUGGGCGUUUAUUUCAGAACCAAUAUUUUGUUGAAAGAAAUUAUGAUUAUUCAUAUAAUAUUGAUUCUGAAAUUAACAUAAACGACUAAGGGUUUGUUUUCCAUUUGUACCUUUUAAGUCCUAUGUUUUUGUUUAUUUUUCACUCAUUUGUAAAGUUAUCUUAUUAAUUUGUUGUAUAUUUGAUUUUCCUAACUAAUCUCUGGGUUUUUGUGUUCAA